AGGUUAUAGCGUCGGUUAAAAGAUUCGGGCAGAUCGCGUAACAUAUCUCCCCACAACCCUAACUCAUAUUCGAGGAACCUCUGCUGAUCCGGUCGGCCCUUCGACGAAACAUGGCGAAAAAGGACGAGUCGACGGUGAUGGAGCUCGACGGCGACAAGUCGGCUGCUGCGGAGCAGAUCAUUACCAAGUUUCCCAUCAACGUGUUGCAGCUCGUGAAAUCCGCUCAGAUGCAGCACGGCUUGAGGCAUAGAGAUUACACUCGCUAUAGGAGAUAUUGUACUGCACGAUUGAGAAGGCUGUAUAAGUCAUUGAAGUUUACACAUGGUCGUGGUAAAUACAGCCGGAAGACUAUAACAGAGUCGACUAUCACUGACGUGAGGUUUCUCCAUAUUGUUCUCUAUAUGGCUGAGCGAGCUUGGAGCCAUGCCAUGGAGAAAAAACAGUUACCUGAUGGACCAAAUUCUCGCCAACGCAUUCACUUGCUAGGUAGAUUAAGGAAAGCAGUUAAAUGGGCAACACUUUUUGCACAACUCUGUGCUGCCAAAGGAGAUUCUAGAACUUCUCUUGAAGCAGAGGCAUAUGCUUCUUAUAUGAAAGGGUCUCUAUUGUUUGAACAAGAUCAAAAUUGGCAAAGUGCAUUAAUGAAUUUCAAGAAUGCAAGGGCUGUCUAUGAAGAGCUUGGAAAAUAUGGGAACAUAGAAAAUCAAGUUUUAUGCCGUGAACGUGUUGAAGAACUAGAACCAAGCAUCAGGUAUUGUUUGCACAAGGUAGGUGAAUCAAACUUGCAAACUUCAGAGCUUAUGGACAUCGGAGAACUGGAAGGACCCGCCUUAGAUCUCUUCAAAUCUAAGUUAGAGGCUGUUAUGGCUGAGGCAAGAUCGCAACAAGCAGCAUCAAUGACAGAAUUCUACUGGCUUGGACAUAGGUUCCCUGUCAAUAAUGCUAAGACUCGUGUCUCCAUUUUGAAAGCUCAGGAGCUAGAGAAAGAUCUACAUGGUUCGGCAUCAGAUUCGCUUCCAGCUGAGAAGAAGCUUGCCAUGUUUGACAAAAUUUUUUCUGCAUAUCAUGAUGCUAGAAGCUGCAUUCGUAAUGACUUGGCUACUGCAGGCAACGCUGAGAAUGUAAAAGAUGAUUUAAAUGGUCUGGAUAAAGCAGUAAGUGCUGUGCUGGGACAGCGUACAAUAGAGCGUAAUCAGUUGCUUGUUGCCAUUGCUAAAAGUAAAUUCACUAAACAACGUGAUGACAAGGGUGACAAAGUAACAAAACCUGAGGAACUUGUUCGCUUAUAUGAUCUUCUAAUACAGAAUACCUCAGAUUUAUCUGAUUUAGUCAGUUCUGGAAGGGACAGGAACCCAGAAGAAGUCGCACUUGUGGAGGAAUGUGUGAUUAAGGGUACAGUGUUUCGAGCUGAGCGGUGUUUUUAUUUAGCCAAAUCCUACAGUUCAGCUGGUAAAAGGGCUGAAGCGUACUUGUUGUUUUGCCAUGCACGUUCUCUUGGGGAUACUGCCCUAGAGAAGCUUCAAAUGACAAGUAAUCCUGAUCAGACUUUAAUUAAAGAUCUGAAGGUCCUAUCUGACAACUGUAGAUCAAAUAGUUGUAUAGAACACGCAGCUGGCAUUAUGGAGGAAGAGAAGAUUCCAGAAAAGCUAUCGAAAGGUGUCUCAACCAUCUCAUUGACAGGGCAGGAGAAAAAGGAAGAUAAGGUUCUUCUUGAAAUGCUUGAUGUUUACGAGUCAGCGGUUGGAGAUCACAACUCCAAAGUUGUUCCACGCAUAGAGCGUUUUCCACCACCAUUCCAAGCAGUUCCAUGCAAUCCUAUUGUUCUAGAUAUUGCUUACAGCUCAAUUGAGUUCCCAUCGCUUGAAAACAGAAUGAAGAAAGACAAGAAAGGUAUAUUCAGCAGGUUAUGGCGUUAAGCUGUUCUCCUGCAGAUGGGUAAAGGACAUCACUCAGUUAAAUUUUCAUUGCUCCUGUUGUUUCCGAUCGUCUGGAGAAAGAAAAUUGCUACAUUUAAAAGUCUGCUUCCCUUCUCUUUUUUGUCCUUUGAGUUUUCGUGACAGAGGAUUGAUAUGGCACAGUUCCAUUUAGAAUCUAUCUUUUUUGCUACAAGUUCGAUAAUAAAGCUUUGCUUCCAGAUG